AAUUUUUUGCAUUCUCUAUUAUAGAUACAUAUGUCAAAUAUGCAUUUCUGAGAAUACUUAGCUUUGCAAAUAUAUGUACCAUGGAUCUUCUAUGUAUAUUUUUCCGGUUACAUUUGCACAUAUAUUUCAUAUUCUAUGUACGUACAUUGCAUCAAGGAUGUAUAUACAUGAAAUAUGCAAUAUAUAUAAAUGUACAUACAUUGUAUAUACUGAACAUAUUUUAAUGUUUUGUGGGUAUUUUGUAUGUACAUGUCAUUAUUUAUUACAAAAUGAAUGAAUAUGUAUAUUUUAUUCGCGAUAAAAAACGAGAAGGUCAUACAGAUAAGAGUAGACGUUUUGCUGCAAUAGCAAGUCAAUAGUUUUUACAAUUCCGUCCGUAAAAUUAAAUUUUUAUUACGUUUUGUUAUCAACAAAAAAAUGGGACCAAUUGCCAAAAUGAUAUUUUGGAUGAUGUGUUUUCUGUGCAUCGUCACGCCAUUCUUGGAAGCUGCAAGAAUCUUAGCAAUUAUUUCGUUACCAUCCUACAGUCACCAAGUUGCUUAUCAAUUAUUAUGGACAACUCUAAGCCGACGAGGACACGAACUCGUUGUUCUAACAACGGAUCCAGUUAAUGAUCCUAGCAUCACAAAUUUAACAGAAAUCGAUUUCCAUUACAACUAUAAGGAAAUAAAAAGUGCAAGUUUUGUUAAAACCAUGGAGCAAUCUAGAUGGAUAAAUCUAGAACGUAACCAGUUCUUCAAUAUAAGCCAUGUAUUGACAGAGAAUAUUUAUAAACAUUCAGAAGUACGUAAAAUGUAUGCACCAGAUAGUGACCAAAAAUUUGACGCGGUAAUUAUAGAAAUUAUAAAGACACCUGGUCUUUAUUCGUUGGCGCACAGAUUUAAUGCACCUCUUAUAGGUAUAUCAUCAGUAAAAUUGUAUAAUUAUGAUUAUUAUCUUCUUGGUGCACCCGUUUUGCCAUCACAUCCUUCAAGUUGGGAAAUGGGGAAAGCUACAGGUUUUAAUCUAUCCUUUUGGGAGAGAUUAAAUAAUUUUAUUCAACUGUGGUAUUACAUAUAUUACGUGUUGAAUCAUUUUUUUGCUGAGCAGCAAGCAAUAGCAGAAAAAUAUCUCGGAAAAAAUAUACCAGACAUACGUGACAUAGAGAAAAACAUGAGUAUUGUGCUUCAAAAUGAACAAGAAGCUAUCUCUUUUAUAAGACCGACAAUGUCUAAUAUUAUAACAUUUGGAAAUUCGCAUAUUUUAAAACAACCUCCAGCUUUACCGAAAGAUUUGAAUAAAUUUUUGGCAGAUGCACCAAAUGGAUUUAUUUAUAUGAGCCUAGGUACAAAUAUAGGUAUGUCAGAGUUUUCCAAGCACGUGUUAAACGCAUUUCUUGAUGUCUUUGCAAGUUUGCCAUACAAAAUUGUGUGGAAAAUAGAUAAAGAAUUAAGAAAUAAGUCUGAUAAUAUUUACACCGCUAAAUGGUUUCCUCAACAGAGCCUUCUUGCUCAUCCAAAAAUUAGAUUGUUUAUAUAUCAAGGUGGACUUCAAAGCACGGAAGAAGCUGUUUAUAACACGGUACCACUUAUAGGAAUACCAGUUAUUGCCGAUCAGUAUUAUAACGUUAAAAAAAUGGUAUCUCUCGGAGUUGCGAAAGAAUUAAUUUUUCAAAAUAUUUCGAGAGAAAUUGUAAACGCAUCCAUAAUAGAUAUCUUAAAUGAUAAAAGAUAUAAAGAAAGAAUGCUUAAACUUAAAGCAAUGAAUGAAGAUAAGCCUAAUAAUUUAUUGGAAAAUGCGAUUUGGUGGAUCGAGUUUGUAAUUCGUCACAAGGAUGUUUCUCAUUUUCGUUGCAGCAUUGCUUAUGAUCCUUGGUACCAGAGAUAUGAUAUGGACAUUAUAGCAGUUUUAUCAAUUGCCAUAUUUGUAAUAUUAUUUUGCACAUUAGUAAUAAUCUAUAAAUUGUUAAAAAUAAUAUUUAAUUGUAAUACAAAAAAGCAAGUAAAUGUUACAAAAAAAAAUAAUUAAUUUUUUUAGAUGCAUAGGAUAAUUAUAGCAUAAGUAUAUUUGAUAUAUAUAAAUCUAUCGUUUUAUAAAAAAAUUAAAAAAUAUCAGAAACAUCUAUCUAACAUCUAUUUAUAUUUCAAACAUAUUUAUGAGAUUUAAAAAUACAUUUUGUUGUGCUGCAAAUAAUCGAAGAUAAUAUAUUCGAUUUCAAAAUCUUAGCUCUUUAAAA